UUAGAUCUGUUCAAGGCUUUAAACAGAGUUUCAUUGCAACGGAUUCAUCAAUGACUAGUUACACAGACAAAGUGUUUUCAGGCUGGGAUUUCUGCAUAAAGGAUGAGAAGAUCAUAAAGCUUAAACAGAAGAGUAUCCUGAAUGAGCUGAAGGUUGAUCUAGAGGAGCAUAAGAUAAGACGUCAACAUGCCCAGCAUACUAUGGGUCAGAGAGCUGGAAUAUAUACACCACGUAUCUUCCUCAACAUACUUGUGGUCGCUCUUAUUGGAGGGGCAUUCUACUGCAUCUAUCGAUCUACAUCAGAAUCCCAGAAACUUCUUAAGCAUGUAAGA